CGUGUUGUCCGACCCGGGUUUAAUAACACUAUUAGAAAGAGGAGAAGUCCAACUGCAAACGUGGGUAGUAAAUGACGAUGAGUAGUCUCCAUAAAAUGGCAGGUGAUGUUACUGGUGGGAUCGGACACUACGGCGGUGACAAUGGAGUGGGCACUAUCAAUCCUGCUGAACCAUCCGACGGUUCUACACAAAGCCCGGUCCGAGAUAGACGACGUGGUCGGACCAGACCGGGUGAUGGACGAAGACGACCUGCCAAAGCUGAAGUACCUUCAGAACAUAAUCACGGAGACGCUCCGGUUGUUCCCGGCGGCGCCGCUUCUUGUGCUGCACUACUCGUCGGCCGACUGUAAAAUAGCCGGGUACGACAUUCCGCGGGGCACGAUGUUGCUGGUCAACGCGUGGGCCAUCCACAGGGACCCGAACCUGUGGGAGGACCCCAUGAGCUUCCGGCCGGAGAGGUUCGACGGCGGCGCGCACGUGGAGUUAACGGAGCUCCUGCCGUUCGGAAUGGGGAGGAGGUCGUGCCGGGGGGCCGGGCUUGCCCGGAGGGUUAUGGGGUUGGCUUUGAGGUCUAUGAUACAGUGUUUUGAGUGGGAGAGGGUCGGGGAAGGGGAGGUGGAUUUGGGUGAAGGGAUAGGGGUGACAUUGUUCAAAACUGAGCCGCUUGUCGCCAAGUGCAAAGCCCCGCCGGUUCAUCAUUGUAAAUGAAUCAAAUAUUUUUAGUUCGAUUCGUGAUUCGUAUUCGUAUGAGGUGAUUCGUAUUUG